AGGUGCAUCCCCAACCCAACCUAUUAUUUAUUACUCACAGUUACACUGCUGAUCACUGUCUGUCUCACGCACGCGCUUGAUCUUCUUCGUUUCUCACCGUUGGAUCAACACUUGCCUGAUCCAGAAAGUCACACAGCAAAAGUCUCCUCCGGCGACACUAUGUCCGACAACCGCAACACUCCCCCCGUUGAUACCACGCCGUUACUCGGCCACCAGAUCUUCCGCGCUCGCCGCCCCCGCUUCCUACGCCCCGCUCCUAGCCUCCGCGGCGCCGCUCAAUUCCUCCGCCGCGCCAGCAGCAGGGGCGGCGCGAUGCGAGAGCCUUCCGUCCUCGUGAGAGCAGCGGCGGCUGAGCAAAUUGAAGAACGGCAGAGCGACUGGGCUUACUCUAAGCCGAUAGUGAUUCUAGACCUCGUCUGGAACGUCGCCUUUGUAAUCGUCUCGGUUUCGGUGCUGAUCAUGAGCCGAGAUGAAACUCCUUCUACGCCGUUGAGGCUUUGGAUUGUCGUUUAUGCCCUGCAGUGCGUUCUUCGUGGAGUUUGUGUUUGUACGGAGUAUAAGAAGAGGUAUUCGCGGCAGAAUUUGGUAAGGAGCGACAGAGGUGAGCUGAAUUACAGUCAGAACUACUCGAUUUCGAGCUUCGGAAGCGAUGAUGUGGAGACUGGGGAUCACCGGCAAAGUGAUGAUGAAACUGGCUUUACUAAGCGUCUGGAGUCUGCAACUACUAUCUUCUCAUUCUAUUGGUGGAUAAUUGGGUUCUACUGGGUAUCUGCUGGCGGCCAAAGUUUGCCUAGUGAAUCACCUCAGCUUUAUUGGAUUUCCAUUACAUUUCUGGCAUUCGAUGUGUUCUUUGUUGUCAUUUGCAUAGCUGUGGCUUGUGUGAUUGGACUUGCUGUUUGCUGCUGUCUACCAUGUAUUAUUGCAAUCUUAUAUGCAGUUGCAGAUCAGGAAGGAGCUUCCAAGGAAGACAUUCAGAGAUUACCAAGGUUAAAAUUUAGAAAAAUUUCUGAUUUUGAGAAGCACAAUGGUGAAAGCCAAGGAUCAUUUGGUGGAAUUCUGACGGAAUGCGACACUGACUCGCCCACGGAGCAUGUCCUUCCUCCAGAGGAUGCUGAGUGCUGCAUUUGCCUUUGUGCCUACGACGAUGGAGCUGAACUGCGUGAGCUCCCUUGCAGCCACCAUUUUCACUCCGCCUGCAUAGACAAGUGGCUAGUCAUAAAUGCAAUCUGUCCUCUCUGCAAGUUCAAUAUACUUAAGAAUGGCAACCAAAGUCGUAGAGAAGAAGUAUAAUUGAGCAAGCACCCACCAGCAGCCAUAUGCUCGUGUAGGCAGUCCUGUUGGACCCAGAAGUUCCCGCUUCAAGCAAAAUACAAAAGUGGCCUGUUUGUGUACGUAUCAGAGCCCUUUGUUAUUUUCAUAUAGCGAAUGUGUACGCCGUCCAAUAGUCAUGUGCAGCUUCUUGUUUCUAUGCCACAUAUAGAAUUUCGUAGGAAACCUGAAAGUGUAGGUGAAGCCUUUCGAUUUCUUGGAAGUUCCGAACGAUGUAUUUACAAACUAUUUUGUAAAUUAAGUGACAAGAAUGCAUGCUGCUGAAAUUUUACUGAUGUUAACUGCAGAAUUUCAGUUCAUGGGCUUCA